AAAGAGGAAGCCCGCUAAGAUGAAAACAAUCUUGGCCACUUCUCAGUGUAUUCUGGAGCUGACUACGAUGAUUGCGGUAGAGCCUCGCAUGGUUUCAUCUUACAUUGAGGUACAUAUAUCUCCUUCUGGCUAGGAUCAUCACUUUUCUCUUUAGCUAUAGGCUCCUCGUUAAAAUGCACAUUACCGUCUUGUGCGUGCUCUUUGACGUUAUCAUUCAUGACCUGCAAUAGCUAAACAUGUCCUCCCACUUGUUACCACUUGACAUCGUUGGAAGCUACGUUAUAAGCCUAGAAUAUUCUAGUGGCGACCUGCUGCCGGGAUCGCUUAUCGCCGGGUGUGCCCGAAUUGCGCGGCAUCAUGUGAACGAGAUUCGAAACUCCAAAUCGGAAAUUUUAGUAGCUCCGCAGCAUCAGCAGCGGCAUUUACUAUAGUACCUCGCGCAGUGAGUUCCAAGCUUCAAGAUAGCUAGCAAGUCAUAGAGGCAAGGGCCGUGACCAAGGAUUUCUCGGGUGUAAGUUCUCAUGACCUGCUGGUUAACAAACUUCAAGCUAGCAUUCUGGGGGCGUUGGCAAGCCGAACUUUAUCCUCUGGUCUAUACUUCUCCUUUGAUAAUGAAGUGGACCAGGUGUCUCCAAGUACUCUUAUGGGAAUCGAUGUGAUGGUUAUUUUCAGCUACCUCUUGCCCAAUCUGAACCCCAUGUUCUAGGU